GAUAGUUGUAAUGAGCAGAUGAUGUCCCAUCCUUUACUUUUAGCACAUCAAAAUGACAUCAGUUGCUCCUGAGGAGUCACUGAUUCCGAGAGAACUUCAGUAUAAAGUGCUAGUUAUUGGAGAGUAUGGUGUAGGAAAGACUGCUAUCAUCCAGCGCUACACCAAAGGCUACUUUAGCCCCAACUACAAGCUCACCAUUGGAGUUGAUUUUGCUGUCAAAACUUUAAUCUGGAAUGCCCAUACCAAAAUUAAUCUACAACUCUGGGACAUUGCUGGGCAUGAGAGGUUCGGGCAACUCACAAGAGUUUACUACAAAUAUGCGGUGGCAGCGCUGGUUGUAUUUGACGUCACUCGCCCCUGCACGCUGGAUGCUGUAGCCAAGUGGGUGUAUGAUGUACGCGAGAAGGUGUCACUGAGCAGCGGUGACGGAGCGACGGUACCCGUCGUGGUGCUGGCCAACAAGUGUGACGUCAUGAGCAGUGAGCAGGAGCGCCGCGUUUACGUCUCAAGCCUACAGCAGUUCUGUGAGCAGCACAGCAUCGACGCCUGGUUCCUCACCUCAGCCAAGGAGGACAUCAAUAUUGACGAGACGAUGCGGUGGCUGGUUGACCACAUCCUCACCUCCCGCCGGACCUCCCAGCUGUCCAUGUCUCCACCCAAUCAACCCACAACCCUGCUCGCUGACCCACACCCCAAACCCCAGUCAUACUGCUGCCGGUAGCUCAACCUGGUUUGAGUGGCUGCCAGCACCUCAACCAUGGUUACAUAUCAGUCCACCACCAUGGGCACAAUCCACUGCCUUGCAAUCCUAACUUCAACUUGUUCAGUCCCCGUGAUUGUGUCAACCCUUGUGAUUGUGUCAGUCCCUAGGUUGUGUCAACCACAAUGAUUUUGUUUGCAAACACAUCAACAAUUUCCGCCCAAACUGAUCCGUUCCUUCUAUUGCUAUUCUUACCUGAGAGCCGAAGUCAGGGUAGAGAAGUUAUUUUCACAAAUGCAAUGUACAAUUUAGAAGUUCAGACCAAACCACAUUUCCUGACAAUCAUGGUCAAUACCCUUUGGAUUAUCCAAAUUUGUCUGUGUAAUCAUAUAUGAAAGAAGUUUAGCUCUAUUAUUUUGUAAGUUAAAUAAGAUAUUCAGCCUAAUGGCAGCUAACUGUACAGUGUUCUUUAUGUGUACUCAAGAAGGAUGCCUUGCGUACAAUUUUAAUUUACGAUUUUAAACCAUUCUUGGUAUUUUGUGCGUUGGUAAAUAUAAAGCUGCGUACCCAGUCUUAACCAGGCCAAAUUAUGAGGAUUGGGGUGACCAAAUUGUGAGGCCUUGUGGGUAACAUCCUAUAGGAUGAACCCUAAUGAUAGUUACAUGCAGUUAUACCUUGUGGGUUAUUGGAUCACCUCUUGAAGGUUAUGCAGUUAUGCCUUGUUGGUUAUUGGAUGAAUUCCUUGAAGGUUUUGCAGCUACACCUUGUGGAUUACGGUAUUGAUGAACCCCUUGAAGGUUACGCAGUUAUGCCUUGGUUAUUGGAUGAACCCCAUGAUGGUUUUGCAGCUACACCUUGUGGAUUAUUGAUGAACCCCUUGAAGGUUACGCAGUUAUGCCUUGUUGGUUAUUGGAUGAAUCCCUAGAGGGAUUCAUCCAACCGGUUACUCCUCUAGGCUGAUUUUUACUUGGCAUUUGCCUCCUCUGGAGCAGCUCUCCAUUUUACAACAGUUUUAAGGCUCAAGCCUCCAGCGCCUUCUCAGGCUGUGCUCUUCACUGUAGGCAUUUGUAGGCUUAAUCUUAUUUGGUGUAUUCACCUGGAUUGAUAUUGUUGGAAGAAAGAUUUAUAGCAUUUAAGAUUUGAUAUUGUGACUUGUUGAAGCUAGAGUAUAGUCUUUUUAAAAGAUGUAAAUAUUGUAUGAGCUCUUGAAGCCAUAAUUCUCGUGAAUGAUUCUUAUGAUACUUGUGAAGUCUUUGAAUGUUUUCGUAUAUGCUGGAACGCAUUACUGCCUUGUAUACAAAUUUGCUAUGUACACACAUCUUUCACGGACGCAUUACCGCCUUUUACACAUUUGUACACAAAUUUCCCAUGUAUACAUAUCUACCCUCUACCCACAUCUUCCCGCUACCCUCUACUCACAUCUUCCCUCUACCCAUAUCCACUCUCUAUCCUAUACCAUUGAACUAUCAGUGUUUGGAUGGAUGAUGUGUAACUUUUUUUUAUUGAAAAGCCGCCUAGUGAUUCAAACCUGAAUAGUUUUAUGCUCUUCGAAUUAUGAAAAUAUUUAAAAUUGUCUACUAUUUUUAAUGAAGCAGUUAUGAAGACCAAUUGCAUGGAUGGCGAGUUGAUGAUAGAGCCUGCAAUGAUGUUUGGGCACUGCGUGCUGUGAUGUUUGGGCACUGAGUGCUGUGAUGUUUGGGUACUGAGUGCUCUGGUGGAUAUGGUGGCCAUGUGUAGGGUAUGGCAGCUGGUGGAUAUGGUAGCCAUGUGUGCGCAAAAUAGCCCACAUGGUAUGCGGUUAACGUUUGUAUAUGUGGUUGUGAAUGGUUGUGAUCCCGGUUCGUUUUAUGACGAAUUAUGUUAUAAUUGGAUUGAUAUUAUAGAUUAUGUCAGGCCCUCUAACAGGUUACAUUUCCAUUGCGACCAUUGGUGUUUCACAGGAGCCCUAAUGUGACGUACGUUUGAACGUGUCUUCGCCAUCACAACAUUCCAACGACAAUGUGAACGAACUGAA